AUGGUGUCUUUGCUAUGGCUAUGUUUGUUGGCAUGCAUCCUUCACCCAUCCUCCUCUAUCACCACCUCCAAGCAAACCUACAUUGUCCAAAUCAACCAUCAUCAAAAACCCACCUCAUUCCUCUCCCAUCACCACUGGUACUCCCACCACCUGCAAUCACUCACCUCCGCCCCCCCUCACGCCCUUCUCUACUCUUACACCACCGCCUACAACGGCUACGCUGCCUACUUAGAUCCUCAACAGGCUCAAACCCUACGGGGAUCAGAUUCCAUCCUUGGAGUUUACCCUGAUACUCUUUACCACCUUCACACCACUCGUACUCCUCACUUUUUAGGGAUUGAUAACCAGUUGCCUUUCUUGUCUGCUCAGACGUCUCAACAACAACUCAACCGUCCUAUCAGUGACGUCAUCAUCGGUGUCCUUGAUACCGGAGUUUGGCCGGAAUUGAAGAGCUUCGACGACUCCGGGAUGCCCGCCGUGCCGACUAGGUGGCGCGGUGAGUGCGAAGAAGGCGAAGAUUUCAAGGGAACAUUAUGCAAUAAGAAACUGAUAGGUGCUCGGACGUUUUACAAAGGGUUUAGUAUGGCAACAAAACUACGAGAGGAUACGACUGAAAAAUUCUCACCACGUGACCACGACGGUCACGGCACACAUACAUCGACUACGGCCGCCGGAUCUCAAGUUGGCAAUGCUAGUCUGUUUGGGUAUGCUAGCGGCACGGCACGUGGAAUCGCUGUCCAUGCGAGGGUUGCUACUUAUAAAGUCUGUUGGAAAUUGGGCUGUCUCGGUUCAGACAUCCUUGCUGCUAUGGAUAAAGCUAUCUCCGAUGGCGUUGAUGUGUUAUCUAUGUCUAUUGGCGGUGGUUCCAAGCCUUAUUACGAAGACUCGAUUGCGAUCGGCGCGUUUAAGGCGAUGCAAAUGGGUGUGUUCGUGUCGUGUUCAGCAGGAAACUCGGGGCCGGCGAAGGCGUCAGUUGCGAACGCGGCUCCAUGGAUAAUGACCGUCGGUGCAGGGACUCUAGACCGUGAUUUCCCUGCUUAUGUCGAUCUGGGAAAUGGAAAACGGGUCACCGGCGUAUCGUUGUAUAGCGGGAACGGUAUGGGUGAUGGGCCGGUGGAGCUGGUUUAUCAGAGUGGUGAGUGGAAUAAUAAUAAUACGCGUAAUUUGUGUUUAACGGAUUCACUUCAACCGGAUCUGGUACGUGGUAAGGUUGUUUUGUGUGAUAGGGGAGUGAACCCACGAACGGAGAAGGGUAUGGUGGUGAAGCAAGCCGGCGGGAUUGGUAUGAUACUGGCAAAUACGGCGGAGAGUGGGGAAGAAUUGGUGGGAGACAGCCAUUUGUUACCGGCGGUGGCGGUGGGGAAGAAGGGUGGGGAUGAGAUUAGGGAGUACUUGAAAAGAGAGGCAAAACCGAGAGUGGUGCUGAGGUUUGGUGGGACGGUGUUGGGGGUGAAGCCAUCGCCGGUGGUGGCGGCGUUUAGUUCCAGGGGGCCGAAUAAGAUGACGCCCGAAAUAUUGAAGCCAGAUGUAAUUGGGCCUGGACUCAACAUCUUGGCUGGAUGGCCAGACGCUAUUGGACCCACCAACUUGGAAAUGGAUACCCGAAAAACUCGGUUCAACAUAGUAUCGGGUACAUCCAUGUCUUGCCCACAUAUCAGCGGGGUAGCAGCACUGCUAAAAGCAGCACAUCCAGAAUGGAGUCCAAGCGCCAUCAAGUCGGCCCUCAUGACCACGGCCUACACAGUUGACAACUUGAACUCAACGCUACAUGAUGCGGCGGGAGGUGGAUUGUCUACCCCAUGGGCCCAUGGAGCAGGUCAUGUGGAGCCACACAAGGCCAUGUCUCCGGGGCUUGUGUAUGAUAUAUCGACCAAAGAGUAUAUUGGCUUGGUAUGUUCCUUGGGAUACACCAUGAAGCAAGUAGCAGCUGUUGCCAAUGUAACGAGUUGUACCAAGAGAUAUAGGGACCCUGGUCAACUGAACUACCCUUCUUUCUCUAUUGUUUUUGGGAAAUCAUCGAAUUCGAGAGUGGUGAGGUAUACGCGUAAGUUGACAAACGUUGGGGCGGCGAAAUCGGUUUACAAGGUGGCGGUGGAUGUACCACAAGGUGUGGAAGUUAGUGUGAAACCAAGAAGGCUUGUUUUUAACAAGGUGGGACAAAGGUUGAGGUAUACGGCUACAUUUGUGUCAAAAAAUAAGAAUACAAGACAUGGGAAUUCAUUUGGAUGGAUAAGUUGGAAGAAAGGUAAAAAGGAAGUCAGGAGCCCUAUUGCUUUUACUUAUGUUUAA